AUUUUAGUUUAGAUUCCCUGUUGAAUCAUGAUUGCCUCUCAAUUAUGGGAAAGCUGCCAAAUGUAUUACCUUUUCAUGUGUUUAUUAUUGAUACAAUUGAAUUUAAAUGUUUGUGAUUUAAUAUCAACAUCUAAAAAUGUUAACCCGUUAACAAGGUUAACCAAUCCACUUGGAAAUCCGAUUAAUCUAAAUAACAAUAUUAAUAGUAAUAACGUUAAUCACCUUAAUAUGAACAACAUGAAUAGUUUACAUAAUCUUAAUAGUUACAAUAGUGUUAAUAAUGUUAGGUUAAACAAGUGCAAUCGUGAUUUACCUGGAACAUCGCCUAAAAAAAUUCCUGGUGAUAAUGGAUUUAAGAUUAAAAUUACCGGUGAUAAAGAAAAGUUCAAACCUGGUGAACUUUAUACAAUUGUACUUUUGGGACAUAAAACGACUUAUCAAGUUCAAAAAUUUAUUGGAUUCAUGUUGGUUGUGGAACCUCGUGAAUGGCCUGAUAACAGCAGUCUUUCAUCACCUGGAGUUAUCCAGAGUCCUUCGCAAUCUCCAGAAAUCGGGUCAUUUCAGCUCUUUGGUGACGCUCUCAUCAAGAUAUCUGAAGAUUGUCCGAAUGCAAUUCUCCAUACAUCAGAUAUUCCUAAAUCAGAGGUUCAAGCUAUGUGGCAGGCUCCAUCCAAUCCAACAGGAUGUGUUGUCUUCAAAGCCACUGUGGUUGAAUCGAGUGAUACUUGGUUCAUGGAUGAUGGAGCCUUGACUAAACACUUUUGCCCCGAGGAAUCUGAAUCUCUGGAUGAACAAACGGAAAUUCUUGAAGAAUGCUGUGCCUGUGAUGAGGCCAAAUAUGAGGUUAUCUUUCAAGGACUUUGGUCACGAUUCACUCAUCCAAAAGACUUUCCAAUAAACAGCCAAUUGGCCCACUUUUCGGAGAUUAUUGGAGCUUCGCACACAGCCGACUUUCGCAUGUGGGAAUAUGGAGGCUAUGCAUCGGAAGGGUUAAGACAACUGGCCGAGUCUGGAACAACCAAGAAGCUGGAAGCAGAACUCAAAGCAGAAUCAAAUAAGAUUAGAACAAUUAUUAAAUCUAGAGGCUUGUGGCAUCCAAACUUGAAUGGUAAAACGUUUGCCGUUUUCCGAGUUGACAAGAAGCACCAUUUGAUGUCACUUGUUUCCAUGCUUGGACCCAGUCCAGAUUGGAUUGUUGGUGUCUCGGCUCUUGAAUUGUGUCUUAAAAAUUGCUCAUGGGUUGGUGAGAAGCAAAUGAAUCUUUACCUUUGGGAUGCUGGAACAGAUUCAGGAAUCUCUUAUCUAUCACAAAAUACACCGACAAUUCCCCAAGAAAGGAUUCGACGGAUAACACCAUCCAAUCCCAACUCAAGAGAUUCACCCUUUUACGAUCCAAAUGGAAGCAAGAUGAAGCCCUUUGCUCGUCUAACAGUAACCCGACAACGAAUGUACGAAAAGGCUUGCGAUGAAACUGAACCAUUGGACCUGUCACCAUCACCCAUAACAAUGACAGCUCCAGAUGAUUGUACAGUAACUGAUUGGACUGAGUUUAAACCGUGCAGUGUUACUUGUGGCAAAGGUUUUCGUAUAAGAACUCGUAACUUUGCUUACGAAUCGCGUGCUCGAUUGGCCGACUGUCGGACUCCAUUGAUUGAGAAGGAACCUUGUGAGGUUGACUGCAUUGGUGAUGUUAGUUGUGCCACUACAAGUUGGUCUGAAUGGUCUGAUUGUUCUGUUACUUGUGGUAAAGGCAGUCGAACUCGAAGUCGCAAAUUUAUGAAUCGAUCGGCAAAGAAAGUUUGUACUCAGGUCGAGUUGGUGCAAAAUGAAUCGUGUACAGGUCCUAUUCCAGUUUGCCCAGAAGAGGAAGAACACGAUCCCAAAUGUUCAGUUACUCAAUGGUCGGAAUGGUCACCUUGUACAGUCUCUUGUGGUCGUGGGAUGAAAAUCCGCACUCGACUUUAUCUAAGUCCAGUUCAAAGUUCUCUUAACAAUUGUAAUGUUGAAUUGAUUCAAAAGUCUCCCUGUACAGCCGAUAAAGCCGACUGUUCAAUCGACUAUAGUGAUGCAAAAGAAGUUUGUAUGACUCCAAAAGAUGUUGGCCCAUGUCGAGGCUACUAUCCUCGUUGGUACUAUGAUGGUGACAAAGCGAUGUGUUUACAGUUCAUUUAUGGUGGAUGCAGAGGAAAUCGCAACAAUUUUGAACGUUACACUGAUUGUAGUAAAAUGUGCGAAGUAUUAUUACGAGACUUCGUGAAAGCUUCUCUGCCUCCAUCUACUAUUGCCUAUGCCUAUGCUAUGAAAGAUGCCACCAUCCAUCUUGAAAAAGGACUUGUCUGUGCGCCAAUCAGUGCCUUGACCACACUGGCUUCCAACCCCAAUUCACAUCAUCAAUAUACAAGUAGUUUGUAUCAUCCAGUUGCUUCACCUGGCUCACAAAUUUCAUCAUUGGCCAGUCAUCAUUCAUCUUCUUCAUCAUCUUCAUUAAUUGUACCAUCAUCAUCGCCAAUAUCAACAAGCUCAGGUAGCUCAGAUCAGCCCAAAAUUGAUUGUGUAACCAGUGAAUGGAGUGAAUGGAGUCCCUGUUCAAAAUCCUGUGGAACCAAAGGACGUCGAACAAGACGCAAAAUGAUCAAAGUUAACCCUCAAAAUGGAGGUAAACCUUGUCCAAGGAAACUUGUUCAGCGAAGAAAAUGCAAAAAUCUUCCUCCUUGUCAAGAAGAUGAAGAAGAUUAAUGGACAUUAUCAGAAUGAUCAAAGAUGCAAAUCUCCUCGCGAGGAAAAACACUUGAAAUAUCCAAUCUCUACUUUUGUCUUUUUAAUUCUCUGUUUAAUUUUCACUCAUAUUCCAUUUCAUCAAUUUAUUUGACCUUUUUUCCCUAGUCAAUGCUUUUCAAACAUACUAAAACAUCAGAUCAUCAUAUCUUUACUCUUCAUCACUUUUGCCAUUUCCCAUCUUCAUCUUUCAUAAAAAUCAUGGAAUAACAAAAGGUCGUAGGUAUUCGUACAUACAAAACAAAGACACUGGAAUCUGUGAAUCUCAUCAACAAGACUUGUCGAUUGUUGGGCUAAGUCUUAUAUGCAUAUCUUAUCAGUAUUGUAAAAGUUUGAUAGAACUUUUAAAUGGACUGUCUGGUUGAACAUAAAAAAAUGUCUUUAAAUGUUGGUUAAUCUCGUUAGAUUUGUGUUGAAAAUUAAUCGCCAUGAUCUCAAAUACACUUCAAUGGAGACAGAUUUAAACUAAGUUGACUGGUUUUAAAGUCAAUGGGGCUUAGUUUUGCAGAAAUUUAUCAAAAAAAAUGGUUGGAAUCAUCAAAUUUUUCAUUAAAUAAGGAUCAAUUUUGAAAUGGCUUUUUGGAACACCAAUAACGAAGCAAAAAAUCUUUUCCAGACAUGAGUUUGUUUCUUCACGCUACAGUAUUUAUCCCGAUAACCCGUUCUCAUGGAUUAAUUGCAACCCAAUAUCAUUUCUAGAAACAGCACAAAUGGAAAGCAAAAGUCUUUGGUGCAUUUCAUUUCCAUGAAAUAUAUAAAAAUGAAACGAAGUAAAAUUAGGUUAGUUAACUAGGAAGAGCAAAGCAAAUUAGUUAUAAGCAAAGAUGCACACGAGGUUAUAAAGUCAUCAAUACUAACAGCUAGUGAUUUGGCUCUGGCUCGGUAUCAAUAAAAUAAACAGAAGUUUACAGAAUUUUCAUUCACCAAAAUCGGAUUUCUCACUAAACCGAUGAAAAUCAAAAGACGAAUUUCAUUUUAAAAGUAAAAUGCUGUACAUUUGUUAUUUUGUUGGACCAGCAACUUUAUCUGUAAAAAGCGACAGCGUUUUAGGCGUCAAAUCCUCACGAUAGAAGCGGUUCUAGCAUUGAAACUAAAUUACCAAAUUUACAAAUCAGUUUCAUCUUUUUUAAUUUCCUCAAUAGACUCAGAGAGUAGAUUACAUCUAAUUAGCCAUUAAACUUGAACCGUUGGAUUAAUUUGAAUCACACAUUAAACCAGAUUAACUAACAGUGUUUGUUAAUUUUUGUAUUACCAAUAUAUUAACCCUAAAUAUUAUACAUAAAUGAGGUUAACUGGAAACAAAAAUAAGCUAUUCUAGCUUCAUGCAUAUCUUAAUCGUUAAUCAUCUUGAUUAAAUGUUAAAAUUAAUUGUUGAUUUUAAUCAAUUUUGCUCUCUUUUCCUCUCGUUUUUUUUGUUACUCAUUCAAAUAUCAUAACAAUUGUUAUUAACAAAUGAAAAAACUAACAAAGCUAUUUACUCGUUGAAAAAUAUACAUACAAAUUAAGUUGUGUUUUUGCAAAUCACAAUCAAAACAAUUGUAAACUGAUUUUUGUAAAUCCAUUAACAUUAAUGAAGGAAACAAAGAAACAUAUUAUACAAUUAUAAUCAAAGAGUUAAAUGUAAAAGUUGUCAAAUGAGCAAAGUAAAUCACACAUUUAACAUUAA